AAUCUUACAACUGGUUCGUAUAAUUAAUUAUUUAAGAACUAUAUGAUUGUUAUUAUUCAAAUUAUUGUAUCAUAAUGUUGCUAUCAUGGAUAUAAACAUUUCUUUUUAUCGAUAAUGCUUACACCUGUGCGUAUGUUACAGCAUCUAGCCAAAUCAGUGAAGUACAAGUAAUAGAUACGGUCGCAAUCACAAGUAAUAUGGUAGUACUCGGUGAAAAUCAGCGGGUUAUGAUGGAGGCAAUGGACUCACGAAAUGAAAAAUUAGAAGAGAUUAUGCAGCUAUUAAAAAAUAAUUCAUCACGAAAUGUUGAGGCGGCUAACGCAGAAGAGAGUGAUUUGCUCCCCAAUAUGCCAUUUACUGACAUUAAGAGUUUCCUCACAUUCGACCGAAAUCUUAAAAAAAACCCUGCAUAUAAAAAACAAUUUGUAAACAAAAUCGCGAUGAUUGGAGGGAAAACUCCUCAAAAAGCAGUAUCGAACAUUAAGAAAAAAAUUGUAAUGGAUGAAUUGUGUCGGCAGAUAACGUGGUUCGGUACCAACAAAGAAAAAAUUGCGAUGAAGGAAGGAAAACUUCCUGAUAUAAUAUUUGAAGUUCUCCGCAGACCGCGGUAUAAAUUAAACAUUCAAUUAGAUGAGUUCGAGGGACAAAUGAAAACAUUCCUAAGGACAUGCGGCGAUAGAAUAAGAAAUGAAAGAAGAAAGACGACGGCUAAAGAACAAGCAAUCCAAGCUCGGAGGGAUCGCGAGAAUGCCUUAUUAAGUAACGACGUGGAUGAUACCCAUUCAGAAUCAUCAGAUGACGAUUAA